AAGUUCUAUGUUUACCAAAAUGGCGAGUAACAUUAACAAGUCCAAGGAACAAAUCAUUGCUGGUUUUCAGGAAUUAAGACAUCAACAGAGGGCAAUAGCGUCGAAAAUAUCAGAAUUAGAAAUGGACAUGAAAGAGCACGAAUUAGUAAUAGAUACACUUAAAGAUGUAGCCCCAGACAGGAAGUGUUUCAGAUUGGUGGGAGGUGUUUUAGUGGAGAGGACAGUCAAAGAUGUUCUUCCAGCUUUGUUGAACAAUAAAGAUCAGAUGGGUAAACUUGUAGAAACAUUAACCAAACAGCUAGAAUCCAAGGGUAGUGAGAUCAACAAAUACAGAGAGAAGCAUAAUCUGAAGAUCAAAGGGGAGGAGUCCAAAGACAUGGAAAAAUCCAACAAAGACAUGAAAACAGCAGGUGUGUUAGUCGCCAAGGAGAGUUAGCAAAGGGACACAACUCUGUUGAAAUGAAGAUUGUGCUCAAGUGCUAACAUCACAGAAUAGUGUUCGGAUAUUUGUGCAAAAGUGCAUAGCUGUACAAACUUCUUAAUAAGCCCAGUGUGUGUUACGUUCCCAAGGCCAGUGGCAUAUUAAAAAUUCAGAUUAUUUUCCCCAUAUUAUGCAAAGUAAAUUUCACUUCAAGCUCUGUUCAUUGUAACAAAUAAAUUUUGCACAACACUUUCCCCAAAAUUGUCCAAAUUAAAUAUGAAAUAGCAGAUUGACCGAUUUCAUUGAUGAUAGGUUUCUAUUGAACUCCAAUAUGAAAUUUAUUUCGAUGUUUAUUUUUGUCCAAAGCAGUGCUGGUAAUUUGAAUUUUGUCCAUUUUAUUGCUGUUGGAUGUUGCAGUAAUUUGGUUUCCAGUAAAUGUAUUGAUGUUUGAAAGAGAGAAAAAACACAUCUACCAGGUCUAUGUUUUUGUUACCUUUUACUUAAAUAACUUAUUGACAUUGAGGAUAUCUAAGUGAAUAACAGCCCUUUGUAUGUUCUGUUGUAUUUACAGGUACAUUAUAUAUUACUUGUCUUAUAAAUGUCAUUGUAAACAAACUUGUGUUUAUAUGUACAUUGUGUAAAAGUCAUUGUAAGCAAACUCAAUUUCAUAUAAGAAGAUACAAUUAUAUAAUUUGCAUUAGCUAUGCACUUACUCUGUGAGUAAAUCUUAUUUCUGUAAAUCUAGACUGAAGACAUGCAUACCUUAGGCCAUUACAGAUAACGCUUCUUCUGGUUGAACAUUAAAUAUAAACUGUA